CAACAAGUCAUCGGACCAGUCAUUUAUCUUUGCGUUGGAUUUCACAGAAGACGGGAGCGAACCUGAGGAAGGGACUUACAGCGUUGAUUCAACAUUGUAUGGAAACUGGACGCGUUUCUUGAAAUAUAUCAAGUCGUUUAUGACACCAUCUUUGAGAUGAGGACACCUUAUGUUGCCUUUGUGGCAGAGAAGAAAAUAUUCGCCGGCACCGAGUUCACGUUUGACUACUGCCCGUCGACAGCUGUCAAGAAGCGCAAGAGGGGGAAUCGGUGCAUGUGUGGAGCAUCAAAUUGUCGUGGAUGGUUGGCUUGAGAUUUUCUUGACACUUUUUUUUUCAUUAUUGGCCAGACGCUUGAUUGUUGUAUUAUGUGUAUAGGGGGGUAACUGUUGUAUGUUCAUAACUCGUGUACAGAUAUAAAAGACAUUGAUACUGUAG